UCAUAAAUGCCUCCCUCUUCCUUCCUUUUAAAGAGCUCCGAAGCCUCAAUUUGUCUUUCAAUUUAUUCAGUGCUAGGACUGACAAUAAAGAUAUGCAAAUCAGCUAAUAUAACUCCAUGAAUGUUUAUAUUUUACUUUUCUAAAAGUACUACUUUCUAUAGUUGGCUUAACGGAAGAAAAAAAAUAAAAAUUAAUGGAGAAUACUGAAAAUAUUAAACAUGAAAAUUUUCUACACAAGUCUUGUGUUAGAGAAGGGGUGAG